AUGUUUAUUGUUAUAGCUCCGCCAAGGCUUUUGUUUUUAUUGUUAUUUUUUUUUUUUGAUAAUGAAAAUUUGAUUGCAAAUGGAGGAGUAAUUAGAUUUUUAAUGAGAUUAUUUUCACUGAAGAUAUAUGAUGAAAUAUUGGGAAAAAUUUGGUUAGAAAGUAAAUUACCGAUAUGGUUGGAUUUAUAUCAUGCUUUUUUUCCCAAAAAAGCUUCUAUCAAAAUUAAUGGACGCGAUUUCUUGAACCAUGAAGAAAUAAAUGCGAAGAAAUUUAAGCAUUUGUACAAUUAUUGUAAAUUAAUAAUUGUUGAACAUAUGAUAAGAAUUAUGUAUAUGUAUACAUAUGAUCAUAAGAAAUAA